AUGAGUAGUUCUGACUCCGACUUAUUGAAUAGUCCGGAGGAAACACCCAUUUUUCGUCGUGCUCAGAAUAGAUACUCAGUCAAGCGAAACCCUAAAUUUCGCGUACCUGAACUUCCACGAAAGCAGAAAUCUAAUUCACAACUAAACUUACAAAUACUAUCACAAGAAUCUGCUUCACAUAUUAACUCUCAGGAAAGACCCCAACGCGUGCGCUCAAAAUCUGAACCACCCGACCCAAGCCUUUCUGCACCUCUCCCGGGUUAUAGUAGUUCUUCGGUAAUUUCUCUAGAAUCUUCUAACUGUAGCAACUCCGACCGCGAUUUAUCGGUUCAGCCAAUAGUCAGCUUUCGUAAUCAAAGUGAUCAACCUACAACUUCUCGACCGUACAUCACCACCGCACAUCCAGAAACUAAUCGAAUCUGCAUACAACUAAACCCCAAGCUUUUGAAUUAUACCACUGUAAUCAAUACUGAUAACAGGAAAGUAGUCUUGCGCGAUAAUAGAAAAACCGUAAAAGCUUUCCGACACCGACCCUACGCUAGCCAACAGAACUUACAUACUUCAUCCUAUAAUAACAAUCAACCUAUUGAUUUAGAUAGUAUCCCACUUCCUCCAAAUCCACCUAUUGACAUCCCACCCACUCCGGAAUCAACAUUCGAAUCUAGGCCGCAAUCAGCAGUCCAAGAAAACGAUAUAAUGGACACAUCAGAUGGCCAUGUCGCCGACCGACUCGACUCUGUUUUUGACAAACUUUGUUUGUCAUCCUAUGCAACCAGACUCCCAGUUUUUUCUGGAGAAAGAGGAGGUGCAGGAUUAAUGCACUUCCUAGAAAAGUUCAAUGAAAUAGGAAAUAUAAUGGGUCUUACAGAAGAUAAAAUGGUACGUCUCCUCCCAGCUCAUUUAACGGGAGUGGCAAAGGCAGUUUUCGAAAACUUUCCAGAAGUAGAUAGACGUGACUGGCGCAAAGCAAUAAUCAAGCUAAAACAACACUUUUCAACCGACCAUUUUCUUGAUAUGGCUCGCGAAAAACUUAUGGAUAUGCGAAUGUAUCCUGGUGAAUCACCAGUAGUAUUCUCAAAUAGAAUACGGAAAGAAAUUUUAGACGCAUAUCCCGGCUCUAACUUAGCCGACAAAAGACAAUUCCUUCAAGGUAUGAUUUUUGCCAACGCCUUAUCAAAUCCAAUUAAACAACGGUUAAAACUUCUCGGUCCUUUACCCACUAACUAUGAACAACUCGUUCACGAUGCGGAAAGGAUGUGGAACCUCACAAAUACAGAAACUAACUCUUCGAGUAAUAAUCUUCUUAUAGCUAAAAUUGAUAAAGUGCUGAACGCUUUAACCCCACAUAAGCAAGCAAGUUCAUCUAGGACUCAGUACGACCGCCACCCAAGGCGAAGGUACCAAAAUAAACAGCGACCCCAGGGAAACAAACAAUUUAAUUCCUUCCGUAACAAUAAUUCCUACCGCUCAAGGAGUAGAACUCCUCCGCGCAAUACAGUGCGAUUUGCACCCCAGCCUAGAGAGCAAUACUCAGGGCAACAGCAACAGCGCUCUCGUAAAUUUUCACCUUUUCCCCGCCCUAGACAAAAUCAAAGGCGUACUCCAUCGCGCGAACGGAAUGUGCAACGUCCUCAGGCAUCGCGCCGCCAUGAGGUAAAUUCAAUUUCUCCGUGCAAUACCACGAAACUUCUCACACUCCGUACCCCUCUUUUUAUUGUGGCAAUCAUUGCGUUUUUAGCAACACCAGUAACCUCAUUCUCUUUAAAAUACCAACUAUGCGCAGCUGGAAAAUCGGGAUGGCCAGUGGCUUUUCCGGAUCCACUGACCUGCGUUGGUUCCCCCAAUGCUUCGGAUGUCUUAGUAACAUCUGCAGACGUUUAUGUUGAACGUACUGAACCACUCUUAAUUCCAGCUUUUCACUGCUUUAACAAAACCAGGAGAAUAUGCGCCUCCUCCUAUCUUCACAUUUCAUUCUCCGUUAACAGUGACGAAGAAUUUAUGACCUCAGUUGACCCCGCUCUCUGUCGAUCGUUAACAGAAAGUAAAAAGUAUCAAGGCAUUCCUUUGGAUCCUCUAUCACCCAACGUGUAUGGAUCUGAUAACCAAAUCCACUAUUCCUACCCAUGGUUUUUUGGCGAAAAGUGCACUCUCACUACCAAUGUAUAUUUUGAAAAAGGGGAAAUCGCAACUUUUGAUGGUAGUCACCUUAUUGGCCAGUUUGGAGAUAUGGCCCACUGCAACAUUGCAAAAAUGCAAUGUCUUAUCAGCCACGGAACGGUAAUAUGGAAGAAACCAUCUUCUAACCCACCUUUGUGCCGAUAUGUACAGGCAACCCAAGGAGUUGCUUACGUAACACCGACCCACAUAGUGCUCAACCAAAUCCAAUCAGCGUUCACAUAUAAGAAUAUAUCAUUUUCAAAUUCCCAAAAGAGCGCAUGGUGCUUAGACACCAACGCCCUUCCAAUGGAUAAUGGCGUGUUUAUAGUUCUACCAGAACUUCACGGUUACAAUCCGCGCACCAUUUUCAAAGACCACCCAGACGUGGUAGAUUCCAUUAAUCAACGACACUUCUACAAUUCACAAUUGAUACAGUUUGUGGAUACACUCACCCAAAUAGAUAAGGUAACGGAGAAAUCCUCAUCAACAACCACUCUAAAACGUAGAGCCGUGGACAAUGAAAAUGAAAACUUUCCUCAGAAUGGAGACCAGGCAUAUAACCCUUUCAAUCGCAAUAUCAAAAAGCUAUAUAGUUAUGCAACCAAGACUCUUCAAAAUAAACCAAUUCCAAAGGAAUUUUAUCAGGUAAGAGGACUAGGACCAGCAAAAAGGCGAGCUAACGUAAAAGCCACCAUAAGUCUCAAUAAUCAUAGAGCUUUAGCAACUUUCUUAAGAAAGCCUAAGCAAUCUGAUUUAGAACCAGACACUAAACAGUCCUCAUUCUACAGCAUGCAACCCAACAUGUCGCUAAAUGUUGCCCAACAUAUUGCCACCAAUCUAGAGCCAGAUUUCACUAUUGUGAACAAUGAUCAAUCUUUCGGUCAUGAGCAGCGCCAAGAUAACCACCAUGCCGAACUCAAUACUAAGAUGCAGUUUCUUAAAACGAAAAUGGAGGAAAUCAUUCAACAAGACUUCAACUUUUUGCUAGACCGCAUUUGCUCUCUUACAAAUUUCAAAAUUCAAACUAUAAAAAGUAUGUCACUUUUAAACCCAACCAAUGCGGCUCGUAUGCUCCUCAAUAGAGAGGACGUGUUUGCCCUCGUAGCUGGAGAUGUGCUCAUGGUAUCUAAAUGCAGAGAAGUAGUGGUAGACGAAAUCCUCCUUGACCAUAAUGUGGAUGGCACAUGCUACGCGUUCACACCUGCGCGAGUGGGGAAAGUUCAUUAUUUUAUCCAACCAGGAACGCGUGACCUUAUUGCCACUAGUCCACAAGCAGAUUGUAAUCAUUUGCCAUUCGGUAUCUAUAAUGAUGGCAACAAUCACUACAAGUCACCCUCCGGAUACACUCCAGUAUCAAGUAUUCAUUUGAAUCUACCCAACGGUUUCGUAAGCCAAGAUUUCAUCUUUAAUGCCCCACCGAUUUUCCAUUCAGACCUUGCGCGAAUUUCAACUGAUAUUUUCCUUAUCAAGAAUCGUUUAAAUACCGGACUUUACUCUUCUUCUUCACAUACGGCACCAUCAGGUCGUUCAGACCUGACGGCCGAAAAUAUGGAGAGUGAAAUACGGCAGUCACUAACAUUCCUCGAUAAGAAUGCAGGACAGAUAAUUCAGUCUCAAAAGAAUAAGAUACUACAGGCCCUAGGUUUGCAUAAAUUAGUCAAAACAAUCGUUCUCAUUACUAUAGGUAGUCUCAUACUGAUAGGAAUGACAAUAUUAUAUUGUCAAUCAUUUUGUAUGCGCACUAUUAUCAAUAAGAUUUUUAGAAUCUUAGCUAUAGCAAUAUCCUUUGUUUUUGCCUCAAUCUGCACAAAGCGAAAUUCUCGCACCCCACGCAAGGAUUCGGCAAACCCAAAUAGUAGUCAACCUCUUGUAACGGCUAAAAAGCAACGCCGAAAUGCUGACGACCCAACAGGUCGGGAAAGGAUGAGUGUCUCCAUACAACUUCCCCCAAUAGAUAUACCCCUGGAUAAUAUACCACUAUCUGCAAGUGAACCAUCAUCUCGCAAUCCAGCCGAGCGCAAGUCACACAAAUCUAAGUCACAGCAAUUCCAUGACUUCCUUCCAAGUGUCUCAUGCAUCCAAAAUAAGCACAGUAGUUCGAUGAUUUAUAUUCCGACUACACUUAACGGCAUGUCCAUAAUAGCUCUUUUGGAUACAGGCUCUGCCCUCACAAUCAUAUCAGAAGCAGUAGCUCGUAGAACGAAAGCCCAAGUCCAGCCCACGGCAACAACACAAGCUGUUGCAGCCAAUGGGACUACAAUAACAUUUUUAGGUGAAUCUCUCCUCACUUUACAAAUAGGCGACAAAAUAGCAGAAAUAAACUGUUCUGUUGUACCAGACGCAGCUUGUUCGUCUCCGUUCAUCCUUGGUAAUGACGUUAUACCCAAAUUUGCCCACAAUUUAUCGAUCAAUUAUCAAAAUAAUACCAUUCUAUUUGAUAAAACAACCGUACCAAUCAUAACCAAAGAUAAUAAUAAUAGUACAAACGGUUAUAAUUUCUCCAUACCGGUAUUUCUCACAAAUAAUACCACACUUCAACCAACAACCGACCAUGCUAUUNGACGUUAUACCCAAAUUUGCCCACAAUUUAUCGAUCAACUAUCAAAAUAA